AUGGCCCCAGACUCGCCAACAGAAGCUGGCGACGGCACAGCUAGCAGUGGAAGCAACAGUCCUGACAAGAGGAAGAUAGACAAAACGAAGAGAUCAAGAUGGGCGACGCGGAAAAUGACCGUCAAGAGCAGCAGCCUAAAGCGACUUUCCUUGAUUGGUCGACAAUCACUUAAGCCCUCACACAACGAGAAGAAGAGGCAAUCCGGCGGCUCAGAAGCCUUGCAGUCACAACAGCCCGGCGAACAAAAUGCAGACGACGCAGAAGAGGAGGAGGAGACACACGGUCCUGGGCCGCGGCAGCUGUAUUUCAACCAGCCCUUGCCCCCAAGCAUGGUGGACGAGGACGGCAGUCCAUUACAGCAGUUCACGCGCAACAAGAUCCGGACCGCCAAGUACACGCCGUUGUCAUUCUUGCCGAAAAACCUGUGGUUCCAAUUUCAAAACAUAGCCAAUAUCUUCUUCCUUUUCCUCGUAAUCCUCGUCAUCUUCCCUAUAUUUGGAGGCACUAAUCCUGGACUAAACGCCGUACCACUAAUUUGCAUCGUCGCCAUCACCUCAAUAAAAGACGCCGUGGAAGACUACCGCCGGUCCAAUCUCGACAACGACCUCAACAAUGCACCCGUUCACCGCCUUUGCGGUUGGAAUAACCCCAAUGUGCUGGAAGACAACGUCUCCACGUGGAGGAAGGUCAAGAAGGCGAGCUCCAGGUUUUUCGGCUCGAUUUGGCAUACCAUCGAGCGAUUAUGGAAAAAGGAGGAUGAGGCGACGAGGCAAAGGAGGGCUGGCAUCUACGAUAACAGCGAUCCUCGCGCAUCCGUCGACACGAGGGUCACUCACGGCGCUUCGACCGCACGACAAUCUUUCGUCUCUGCCACCGAGGAGAUCCAGAUGACACCCGUGGCUUCUCCUCUGCCCGUCCAGGACAACAACGGGCACUUGGAUGUUCAGCGACCGGCGACCAGUUACUCCUACGAGGGAGGCGCGGAGGCUAAGUUCGACGCCCUCAAGGGAGACGUCAUUAACCACGAUCUCGCGGCGUCAGGGAACGCUCGAUUCAAAAAAGACGCCUGGAAAAAUCUUGCUGUCGGCGACUUCGUGCGCUUAUACGGCGAUGAUGAGCUCCCGGCGGAUAUUGUCAUCCUGUCAACCUCGGACCCUGACGGCGCGUGUUACGUUGAGACGAAGAACUUGGACGGCGAGACGAAUUUGAAAGUGCGUCAAGCUCUGCGCUGCGGGCGGACCAUGAAGCACGCCAGGGAUUGCGAGAGAGCACAGUUCAUGGUUGAUAGCGAGGCCCCGCAGGCCAACCUUUACAAGUACAAUGGUGCGAUCAAGUGGCAGCAGAAGGUGUCAGAGUCCACAACCCACGAGAUGUCCGAGCCGAUCACCAUCGACAACGUCUUGCUGCGUGGCUGCAACCUACGAAACACGGAGUGGGUCCUUGGAGUGGUCCUUUUCACCGGCCACGACACCAAGAUCAUGAUGAACGCCGGCAUCACACCUAGCAAGCGAGCAAGAAUUGCCAGGGAACUCAACUUCAAUGUUGUUUGCAACUUCGUGAUCCUCUUCGUCAUGUGUCUCGUCGCGGCCAUCGUCAACGGCACUGCUUGGGCCACAACGGACUCGUCCCUGUACUACUUUGAUUAUGGCUCUAUCGGCUCAACGCCUUCCAUGACCGGAUUCAUCACCUUCUGGGCGGCUCUCAUCGUGUUCCAGAACUUGGUGCCGAUUUCGCUAUACAUCUCAUUGGAAAUCGUGCGUACGCUUCAGGCCAUCUUCAUUUACAGUGACGUGGAGAUGUACUACGAAAAGAUCGACGCGCCUUGCGUCCCAAAGUCUUGGAAUAUCUCGGAUGACGUGGGCCAGGUAGAGUACAUCUUCUCCGACAAGACGGGGACGCUGACCCAGAACGUCAUGGAAUUCAAAAAGGCAACCAUCAACGGUCAACCAUACGGCGAGGCCUACACGGAAGCGCAAGCUGGCAUGCAGAAGCGGCUCGGCGUUGAUGUUGACAAAGAAGCCUCAAAGAUCAGGGCCGAGAUUGCGGCUGCCAAAGUGCAAGCAUUGGACGGGCUUCGUCAGUUGCACCCAAAUCCCUAUCUGCAUGACGAGGACCUCACAUUCAUCGCCCCUGAUUUCGUGGAAGACUUGUCUGGAAAGCAUGGUCCGGAGCAGAAAGAGGCAAAUGCGGAGUUCAUGUUAGCAUUGGCGCUGUGUCACACGGUGAUUGCGGAGAAGCAACCCGGGGAUCCGCCCAAGAUGGAGUUCAAGGCCCAGUCGCCCGACGAGGCUGCUUUGGUGGCCACUGCCCGUGACAUGGGAUUCACCGUUCUCGGACACACUGGCGACGGCAUCAACGUUAAUGUCAUGGGUGAAGACCGUCACUACCCGAUCCUCAACACAAUCGAAUUCAACUCGAGCAGGAAGCGAAUGAGUGCCAUCGUGCGCCUACCGGAUGGUAGGAUCGUGCUGUACUGCAAGGGCGCUGACAGCGUCAUCUACUCCCGCCUCAAGCGAGGAGAGCAGCAGGAGUUACGCAAGGAAACGGCAGACCACCUGGAGAUGUUUGCGCGGGAAGGUCUCCGGACUCUCUGCAUCGCCAAACGUUAUCUGACGGAGCAGCAGUAUCAGGCUUGGCUGAAGGAGCACCAAGUUGCCGCAACCGCGCUUGACGAGCGUGAAGAGAAACUCGAAGUUGUGGCGGAUCAGAUUGAACAAGAACUCACCCUCCUUGGUGGUACAGCUAUCGAAGAUCGACUACAAGACGGCGUUCCUGACACAAUUGCACUGCUUGGUGACGCGGGUAUCAAACUCUGGGUCUUGACUGGCGACAAGGUCGAGACUGCUAUCAACAUCGGAUUUUCCUGCAACCUCCUCAACAACGACAUGGAGUUGAUUCGACUGCAAACCAUCGAGGACGAGUCUGGCCAAACUCCGCCGGAGGAAUACCUGCGCCAGGUCGAGACUGCGCUUGAUCAGUACCUGAGCACGUUUGGAAUUACUGGCAGCGAUGCGGACCUGAAGGCCGCUCGUCAUGAGCAUAAAGCACCACCUGGCACGCACGCGCUAGUCAUCGAUGGCUUUACCCUUAGAUGGGUGUUGGACAAGGAGCUCAAACAAAAGUUCCUGCUUCUCUGCAAGAACUGCAAGUCGGUGCUUUGCUGUCGUGUCAGCCCUGCCCAGAAGGCUGCCGUCGUCGCUAUGGUAAAGACUGGGCUCGACGUUAUGACCCUGUCAAUUGGAGACGGUGCGAACGAUGUCGCCAUGAUUCAAGAAGCCGAUGUUGGAGUCGGAAUUGCCGGAGAGGAAGGUCGCCAGGCCGUCAUGUCUUCUGACUACGCCAUUGGCCAGUUCCGUUUCCUGUGCAGACUUGUCCUGGUCCAUGGCCGAUGGUCCUACAGACGUCUGGCCGAGACAAUCAGCAACUUCUUCUACAAGAACAUGAUCUGGACGUUCAGUAUCUUCUGGUUCCAAGUCUUCUGCAAUUUCGACAUCACCUACAUUUUCGACUACUCCUACAUCAUCCUGUUCAACCUCUUCUUCACCUCGGUACCGGUCAUCCUGAUGGGAGUACUGGACCAAGAUGUGUCUGACACGGUUUCGCUCGCUGUUCCACAACUUUACCGCCGAGGUAUCGAGCGGUUGGAGUGGACUCAGCGAAAGUUCUGGCUAUACAUGUUAGAUGGUGUCUACCAGUCCGUGAUGGUCUUCUUCAUCCCGUACCUCACCGUGAUCAACAGUAACUAUGUUACCUUCAACGGUCUCGACGUGUCGGAUAGGCUGCGUCUUGGGUGUUAUAUUGCCCAUCCGGCUGUGCUCACCAUCAACCUGUACAUCCUCAUCAACACCUAUCGAUGGGACUGGAUCAUGCUCCUGGUGGUUGUCAUCAGUGACCUCUUCAUUUUCUUCUGGACAGGAGUGUACACUUCGACCACUUACUCAGGGUCGUUCUAUAACGCCGCCCCUCAAGUCUAUGCCGAAGCAACCUUCUGGGCAUGUUUUUUCAUCACUCCGGUCAUCUGCAUCUUCCCUCGAUUUGCGAUCAAAGCUUUGCAAAAGGUGUACUUCCCCUAUGAUGUGGACAUCGUGCGCGAACAGGUCAAUCAGGGCAAAUUCGACCGUCUCAUCAACCCCGAAACUGCAGACGAGGCUCAAGAGGGCUCGUCCUCUGGAUCAAGCCAGUCUUCGAAGAGGUCCUCGAAGAAGUCAAAACACAUGCAGUACGGUAGUGUUGACGAGGACAAGCGGCCUAUUUAUCCUCCCUCCGUGGCAACACACGCAACACACAACACUCGUACACAAAAUGGCAGCGAUGGAACGAACUACACCGGACAUGAGAGCUCGAUGGAUGCGGCGCCGAGGUCGACCUCGGUGGAGGAUCUGCCUGAUCCUGUGCCAGUAAGACCGUCGAUCGACCGGACCAGGCCAUCAUAUGACAGGAUACGAGCAUCAAUGGACCGCGUCAGGCCAAGCUACCAGCAAAGCAGCGACUUCACCUCGGCAGCGAGACUAAGCCGCGUGGAGUCCUCCCAAUCAGGCCACCACCAACUGGGCAACAGUCUGCUCAACAGGACGAGACUGAGGGGAAUGUCCAUCAUCUCGAACAGAAGCAAACCAUAA